GGAAUUGUCAAAACAAAACCAUUAAUAACAGCCAAACAGCUGAUAAAACACGCCGUCAACAAAACAGAAAAGUAAAAGAAAAAAUCGCACUAGAUCCUUUAAAUUUAUUAAUUAAUAUAAAAAUUAUAUUGUACAAAUAAAAUAAAUAAAAACAAAUGUUUGUGCUCGCUGAAUUAAAAGACACCAUAAGGAUAGCGCCGGAUCAAUUUCAUUUGAAAUUGGUAGAAGCGAUACGAGACGAAAUCAACCGGAAGUUAGCCAAUAAAGUACUCUUAAAUCUUGGUCUCUGCAUUGCGCUCAAAGACAUAGUAUCACUGAAAGACUCCAUUAUAUUACCAGGCGAUGGCGCCUCACACACCGAAGUCUUAUUUCGCUACAUUGUUUUUCGCCCCGCCAUUGGCAGUGUGCUCACAGGUAAAAUACGUAGCUGCAGUCGAGAGGGUGUACACGUAACACUUGGUUUCUUCGAUGAUAUACUCAUACCGCCUUCGGCCUUACAGCACCCGUCGCGUUUCGAAGAAGCUGAACAAGCGUGGGUCUGGGAAUAUCCUUUGGAAGAUGGUGCUAAACAUGACUUAUUCAUGGAUAUAGGUGAACCAAUAAAAUUUCGUGUGUCACGUGAAAUAUUCGAAGAGAGUUCACCGAUUGGACCACCCAAAACGGAUACACAACAAGCAAGCACGUCAGCUGUGGCGUCGGCGGCGGCAGCAGCAUCUACGCAGCAGACUGAAGUAAAAACGCCUUACAGAAUUGUUGCUGCCAUUAAUGAAUCUGGACUUGGUGUGCUAUCUUGGUGGGAUCAACAAAAUCAAUGUGCAGAGGAGGGUGACGAGAACGAAGAUGAAGACAAUGUAGAAUAUGAAAAUGAUGAAGAUGGCGAAGGAGCUUAUGAAGAAUGAAAUAAAUUUGUUUACACAAAACAAAGGUUAAGUUUUACUUCUUCCAUGAAUAUUGAAUAUUUCAAAGUAUAUUAAACAAAGUGGAAUAACUAUUUGACAUACGCUUAUAUGGAGCCAUGAUAAUAAACAACUUGUCUAUUUGUU